AUGGGCAACUCUGCGAUCUCCCAUUACGCCAAGACAAUGGGGCCGAAAAAGUGCAUUCGGAAGGAGGGUCCUCAGCAGGGCUUGUUCUACUACACGUGUGCGCGUGAGCAGAGUCGUUGCGUGUACUGGGUGUGGGAGAAUCCGGGACUCGCAAGAGAACGAGGGCCUUCCGCCCAGUCGCAUCCACAGGCACCGAGAACGACUACAAUACCGCUCAACGCGACUGCCGCUACGGCCGAGGGGAACACGCCAGCGAAGUCUCCACCAACCACGAAAACAACGAAAGGGCCUCCGCCCGUAGAACGCACUGAGGAGGAGAAGAGACAGAUCCGAGCAUUGAGGAAGCGGAGGAAGGCGGAGAACAAGAGGAAGCGGAAGGAGCUACAGAAGAAGGAGCUCGAGAGAGCUAGGCGGGAACAGGAACGACUGGACUCGGGGGCCGGGACGGAAGAGCGGUACGCGUCAGAAGGGGAGAAAGCAGCGGCCAUGCCGAUGAAGGAGAUCGCACAAACCACUGCGGCGAUGCGGGCAAGAGCAACCGCCGGCGCUGUUGACCCCCAGCCCGGACAAGACUCAACAGCCGAACCGACAGCACAGGAAGCCGGGACGGAGCAAGAUGCUUCAGAUUCUACGUCUGCCCGCGAAUCAGAACACUUCUCGCACUUAUCAUCAACCCAACAACCUCAUGAACGAGCUUCCAUGGACCUCGUUCAGGACACCGCCCGGCCGUUGAGGAGUGGUCCGCCGUCUGCAUCACCCGGGCGAUCUCUCGAGCCGGCGCAAGCGAUGUCUCCUCCCUAUCCCCCAAUCGCUCAUUCGACCACUGCAGCUUUGAGGGCGAGGGCGACGGGCGGUGGUGUUGAGUCGGAGGAGCCGGUGGUGAAUGGAGCCUCGCGCAAACGCAAGCAGCCCGAUGCGUCUCCCUCACGAUCGACGGCCUCUUGCACCGUAGCCACAGAGCAGCUCUCGUCCACGGUUGCUGGAUCCGCCCGCGCUUCUGCGCCGCCUCCCAAGCGCCGCCAGCUGGAUCUUGAAACGGAGAUCCGCCUCGUCAAGUCGCUGUACGGCGUAGUAGACUCGCCAGCAAACGGUCACACGCAUACGAACGGCCAUGUGCACGCUAGCGUCGCACCAGCCGUCGCAUCUCCGCGUGACGGGCAAAUCGCCGCUUUCCAGUCCUGCUUGCGCUUCAUGGAGGCGGAAUACUUGUCAAUGGAGAAGGAACGGGACGCACUGAGGCGUGAGCGUGAUGCGAUGCGCAAGGAACGGGAGGACCUGGCGUCGGAGAACACCGCCCUGCGCGUGCACCUAGCCGCGAUGGGGGUGAUGCCCGAGUAG